CGUCAAAACAACAUGGUUGCGACCAGCACUAGCUGCUGAGGAUUGUGUAUUUUAAUUUAGCUACUACAGUUUGCAGCAAUGUUAAGUUUGUUCGUGACUGUUCUGGUUUUCACAGGCGUGGUGUGCAGCUCGGACAGUAGAGCCUCCCAGGAUGUCCACAGUCCCAGUGAGAACUAUCUCAUGUCGAUAUGGCACAACAGGCUGUACGUGUACUCAGCUGCCGCCCUGCUGUUUGGGGUCUGGUUGUCCCUGAAGAUGGCACUGAAGAACAAAAGCUUCUCUAAAGAUGCCGCCUUGUGGGUCCGCAAAGCCGAACAGAAGAACAACAGCAGCUCUGACAGAGACGCUGAGGUUCAUGUGUCGGGGGUUAAAAUCUUCUACGGCUCUCAAACUGGAACAGCAAAGGGCUUCGCAAAUGAGCUGUCAGAGGAGGUGAACACUUUGGGAAUACCAGCUGAAGUGAUUGACAUGAAGGACUACGAUCCCGAUGACCAACUUGCCGAUGAGUGCGUCAGUAAGUCGGUCUGUGUGUUCCUUGUGGCCACCUACACUGAUGGACAACCCACCGAGAACGCCGAGUGGUUCUGCAAGUGGCUGGAAGAGGCAUCCACUGACUUCAGAUAUGGGAAAACCUACCUGAAAGGCCUCAGAUACGCAGUGUUCGGUCUUGGAAACUCUGUCUACGUUGGCCACUAUAACACGGUGGGUAAAAAUGUGGACAAGUGGCUGUGGAUGCUGAGUGGGAAGCGAAUCAUGACCAGGGGAGAGGGCGACUGCAAUGUGGUAAAGAGUCGUAACGGCAGCGUCCAGGCGGACUUUCAGGCCUGGAAGGUCAAGUUUGUGAACCGCCUGCAGGCUCUGGCCAGAGGGGAGAAGAAGAGCUGCAAUGGGAACUGCAAGACCGGAGGCUCCUGCAAGAACAAGAAGAAAGAAAAACAGGAGGAGGAGGAGAGAGCUGCUGCACAGAAUAACAGCUCUGAGGAGGAACUGAUAGAAUCCAGCAGUGAUGAAGAGGAGUCCGGCCCAUCAGAUGAGAAAAAAUCAGGUUCAGUGGUUGACAUGGAGGAUUUGGGCAACAUCAUGAACAGCAUCAAGAAAGCAAAGGCAAAAGGUGAGGUUCAAGGAGACGGCCAGAUGGUGAAGUUAUCCAAACUGAACGGAGUGAAGAGGGUUGAAGACGAAGAGGAGAGAAGAGAGAUGAUCACUCCUGCUCUGAGAGAAGCACUCACAAAGCAAGGGUAUAAACUAAUUGGAAGUCACUCAGGAGUGAAGCUUUGCCGAUGGACUAAGUCUAUGUUACGAGGAAGAGGAGGCUGUUACAAGCACACUUUCUAUGGCAUUGAGUCCCACCGGUGCAUGGAGACUACGCCCAGCCUCGCCUGCGCUAACAAGUGUGUCUUCUGCUGGAGACAUCACACCAACCCUGUGGGCACAGAGUGGCGGUGGAAAAUGGACCCUGCAGAGAAAAUCCUGCAGGACGCCGUGGAAAAGCACCAGAGCAUGAUUCGACAGUUCAGAGGUGUUCCUGGAGUAAAGCCUGAGAGGUAUGAGGAGGGCUUGUCAGUCAAGCACUGUGCCCUCUCCUUGGUGGGAGAGCCAAUUAUGUACCCCGAAAUUAACGCCUUCAUUCGCCUCCUCCACUUCUACCGCAUCUCCAGUUUCCUUGUGACCAAUGCACAGUUCCCCCAGGAAAUCAGGAGCCUGGUGCCGGUUACCCAGUUGUAUGUUAGUGUGGAUGCUAGCACCAAAGACAGCCUGAAGAAGAUCGACCGGCCACUUUUCAAGGACUUCUGGCCCCGUUUCCUGGACAGCCUCAGGGCCCUGGGAGAGAAGAGACAGAGGACAGUAUACAGACUGACACUGGUGAAGGCCUGGAACGUGGAGGAGAUGCAGGCCUACUCAGAGCUCAUUGCUUUGGGCCAGCCAGACUUCAUUGAGGUCAAGGGUGUGACGUACUGUGGGGAGAGCUCUGCCAGCAGUCUGACCAUGGCUAACGUUCCCUGGCACCAGGAAGUGGUCGCCUUCGUCCAGCAGCUGGCUGACAUGUUGCCUCAGUAUGAGAUUGCCUGCGAGCAUGAGCACUCCAACUGUUUGCUCAUUGCACACACCAAGUUCAAGGUGGACGGUGAGUGGUGGACAUGGAUCGACUACGAACGUUUUCAAGAGCUGGCCAAAGCUCACGAGGAGAGUGGGGGACAGCAGAGCUUCUCAGCCCUGGACUAUGUAGCCAAAACUCCUAGUUGGGCUUUGUUCGGAGCUCAGGAACAAGGUUUUGACCCGACUGACACUCGCUUCCAACGGCGCAACAAAACCAAAGACAUCUCAGGAUGCUGACAGGUGAAAGAGAGAAAGACAGCUAGAGGUAGGAUGAAUAGAGUGAGUACUGAUCUCUAAGUAAAAUAAUUAGGGUUUGGUGUCUUAUUUCCGUCUUCUUUGAGUUUCAGAGUUAAUUUUUUUAGCGUCCACAGUUGCUUGUUCUUAUGUGCACUAAGCUCUUCCACCCUUCUUUAAUUUCCUUAUGAUUUUUAUUUUAUUGGCCUCACACCCAAGUUUAGCCAAAAUUGCCAAGAUAUAUUCCGUCACACUUAUUUCCAAGACAUUCCCCCUUGCAUGAGUUCAAAUGAUUCUUUUGCUUUGAGUUUUGAUACGUUCCACUUCUUGAACCGGUGAUUAUUAUAAAUAUUAAUGACUUUGAUCUUUGUAAUCAUCUGGCAGCAUUUGGGAAGAUUUUACAUUGUUAAAGUUGACCCAUGGCGGUGGUUUCAUCACCUGCCUUAUUUCUAGUUUCUUCUUUUAUAAUUUCGAUUCUAUCAGUGCAACUGCACAGCACAGGAUGUGAUUAACAUGUAAGGAAUAGCACCUUUAUUUCUCCUUAUGCUCUCUGCUGGAGCUACACAUCUUUCCCAGGCACCUUUGCUCCUCCUCCCACUCAUUAGGACUGCGGUGGUAUUUGCUUGGCAGUGAAGGGCUGGAACAGUGAGAGGAGAUCAUCAAGGCUACGACUCCACUGGGACAGUCUCUUUACAGCACAGGCUUCUUAAUGCUCUCUUACUGCACAUUUUCAGUUCAAAGGUUGUGUUGUCGCUCAUUCUCAGCAGUGUCAACUCUGCCUGGUUUCACUUCUGCUCCAAGCCUGAAUGGUAGAAAAUAUGCAGCUUCUGACUGGUUUGCUGUGAAGUAGUAAAAAAAUCAGCCUGUGGAAAUGGACAUCUUCCUUUUUAAAUACCUUAGCUUUGAAAGCAUGUCAGCAUUUUGGGUCUGACAAUUUGAGCUAAAGUAGGGACAGAUGACUAAUCCGUAAUACAAUAAAGUGGGUGAAGGCACUAAGACAAAGAGAGUUGUAUCACUAUUUUGUAUCGCCGUUGAAGAAAGAAUAAAUAAAAAUUAAAAACACAAACCUCCACAUUUUCAGACAAUGCCACGUCUUGUAUCAUUAUGUCAAGACAUCUCAUUUAUUACUCCACCAAGGAAAGCAGCAGAAUCACGUGAUAAUCGGCGUACGUUUGUGUGUUAAUCUGUCCUUCCGUCUGUUAGCAACAUUACUCAAAAACGGAGUAAAGGAUUUGGAUGAAAUUUUCAGGGAAGGUCAGAAAUGACACAAGGACCAAGUGAUUAGAUUUUGGCAGUGAUGCAGCUUAUAGUCUGGAUCCAUGAGUUUGUUAAAGAUUUCGGCACGGUGUCACUGUAACUAUGACAACAAACGAACACUAUGCCAGCUGCCUGCUGACGAUGACAUGAUUGCGAUCCUACUGCAAAUCGACUGCUGUGGACUGAUUGCGACUUGUCCGUCGGAAAUUGUACAACACCUGAGCAGGCGUGGCGGAGUACUGCGUUCCCUGAGUGCUUUUCUUGUUUAGUUAAAGUGGCAGUCUCAGAUAUAUCUAUUUUACUCUCUUUUGCUUCAUCUGUGGAGAUAAAUGGUAAUUGCAGGUGUUCUCUUGAUCCACAUUUCCAAGAGAACCAAGGAGUUGGCGAGGUCUAGUAUCUAUGCUAACAUUCUAUAUAGCACGGCAGAAAAAAAUUUAGUAUGCUCCAAUACAUAGUACGUCAAAUGUAAUAAUCAAAAAAACAAAAAAAAAUGAGAUAUCGAACUACAGCUGGUCAGAUUUUGCAGUGUGCAAGGCAGCAUUGUUUUCUGGCCAUUCUGACUCGCGCUCAUCUGCACAGUUUCGUCACACACAUCGAGGUGUCUGACACAAUUAUAAACAAGCUUGAGCCGCCGACUUGUGCAGCCAGAGGAAAACUCAUUUCACACUACAGACUGUGACCAUCAGAGUUUAAAGGCGCAACGUUAUGGCGAAGUAGUACGUCCCAAUUGUACACUUGCUGCAUGAAUCACUGCAGACUUUGGGAGGGUAGUUGCACUUCAUAAUUUGAGUAAAAGAAAAAGUAUGCCAUGUGGAAUGCACCCAGUCUCACCUGCAUGAUGUCGCCAGUCAGGUGACAACUGAGCUGCCCCUCCAUAACAAUUUGAGGUCAGUACACUUGAAGGUGAAAAAGGAUUACUGUCCUCUAAAAUGAAGAAAUGCGUCACAAGCUGCUGGAAUGUCACCACAGAUGGGCCACUCGUGAUGUUCAUGUAAUUUCAUCAGUGGACCUAAAGGCUGAAACGCUGUUGGGGACAAAUAGUUACUGAACAGACAUUAAAGUCCUUGAGAUUACCACUUUGAAUAGCGAGCACAUUUGUAAUAUUCUGUCUGGUCUACAGGAGAAGGUCUGAGUAUGGAUGAAAGGUAUAUAGCCCAAGAUGCCAGAGAAGUCCAGUACCUUUUACUAAUAUCUUUGUGAGUCCAGAUGUAAAAAUCAAGUCCACUGUAAUUUUAAAAAAAUUUUUAUCAGUGCAAAUCUAGAUGUAAAUGUUGAUUUUGAUUUGUUUUCCAACGUCUCUGAUGUCCCACUGCCUCCCUUUUUGGGAGAAACUGUAAGUGUGUGGAUAUAUCACUAUAAUAAAUGUAUUUGGAAUAA